CUCGGCGCCGCCUCUGCUGUCAGUGGACAGUUGCCGAAGGUCGAUGAGGAAGCUGAGCUGCAGACGGAAGGAACUGGAGCAACAAAGAGGACUUCUAAAAAUCCAGAUCAAACCCAGGAGGAGAUCGAUCUAGAAUCUAUCCCCAUAGAUGUUGGCAUGAUGUUGAGACGGUUGGGUGCGAGUAACACCAACAUCAUCAACAACUCGGUGGCAAAAUUUGACAGCUAUUUGGACCAUGGCCAUGGUGCGCGUAGUUCAAAACGGUUUGGAGGUGGAGCAGCA